AAAAAAUUCAAUCAAACAAGUCACAAACUUCAAAAUUAAAACUUCAAAAAUAAAUUAAAUAAAUCAAAAAUUAAUUCAAGAUGCGUUUCAUCGUAAUUUUGGUCAUUUUCUCAGUCAUCGCAUACUCUUCAUGUUAUGAAGUCGCUGAAGCUGAUCCAUUGGAAGAAUUUGGUGAAGAAUUCAGCGAAGAUCAAAUCGAGGAAAUCACAUUUGUAGAAGAUCUUCCAACAAGAAAAUGCAACAUUAGAUCCUGUAUCCGCAAAUGUCAGAGCAUUAUGAAACCACCAUAUAGAGCUGCUUGUAGAAAUGACAAAUGCCGCUAUACAGUAAUUGCCAGAGCAUGUAGCCGUAAAUGGUGGAUACAUAACCGACAAGCAGACAUCGAUACACCAGCCAAUGGUACAAGCUGCCUUUCUGUCUCCAAUUGGGAUUGAAAAUGACUCUUUAAGAUGAUCGAUUUCCGUUUCUGGCACUGGCUUGAAGAUGAAUGAGUCAGAGACUACGUUGCAUGAUGCAAUGGCAAUGAUUGCGAAGAGAAGUACAACUACUAAGGCACGCAUCUUUAGUGAUUCUUGUUCUUGAAAAUUGUUAUGGCUUUGAACUUGUCGUUUUGGUGUUUCACAAUUAUUUGAUGAUUUUCGAUUGCUAGCUUGGACUUUAU